UCCCUUCCGAGUUGUUUUGAGGGGGGGAAACCCGUUAUUUCUGUACAACCACAUUUCUACCGAUAACUGUGACAACCCUACAUCCGGCACAUUUGUUUCCAGGUUUAUUCCCGCCCACAUCUUCGAAGAUAAAAUGGAGAGGGACUCAAACGGUACUGCAGAAACGACCAAGCCGGCUUCGCCUUUGAGGAAAAAUAUUAAUCAAGACACCUGCGCAGCUAAUUCCCACAGCGACCUGGUUGAAACCUGCGGGACUUCUGAUGUUGCGAGGGCCAGGUGGACUCUACUGAGACAGGUGUUGCGUCAGAAGCAGGUGGACAAUCCAGAUGUCAAACAGGUGUCUGUUCGCAGGUUCGCAACGUUUGACCUUUUCAUCAGGAAAAGGAUUCUGACACAAGACUCCAGUGAUAACUCAGAUGACCAGUGGGUGGAGUACAGAAAUGUCUACUUUCCCGAAUACAGUGCCUUGCUCAGGGAUAACCUGGGCCCUAUCAGAGUAAAUGAAGUGCUCAAAAGUUUUGACAACACCGGUAAUGUCUGUGUGUGGCCGUCUGAAGAGGUGAUGGCUCAUUACUGUCUGCGGAAACGUCACAUGUUCAAGGGUGCAGUGUGUGAGUUAGGAGGAGGCAUGACCUGUCUCGCUGGACUCAUGGUUGCCAUUUGUGCUGACGUGAGGGAAGUUCUGCUAUCAGAUGGGAACGAGAAGUCCAUUCAGAAUGUUCGAGGACUGGCCGAAAGAAACAGGCAAGCUGGAAAGUUUGGGUCCACACAGGUAUCUGCCAGGGUGGUGAGGUGGGACUCUGAGUCCGACAUAUCGCCACUAGAGGGUCACUUUGACAUUGUCAUGUGUGCAGACUGUUUGUUUGUCGACCAGUACAGAGCCAGCCUGGUUGAUGCUAUAAGGAGAUUACUGCGACCCAACGGCAUGGCGUUGGUGUUCGCUCCACUGCGAGGGGAAACUCUGAGACUGUUCUGCCAACUGGCCCAGCAGGCCGGACUCUGUGUCUCUCGACACCAGCAGUAUGAUGCUCAGGUCUGGGAUGUUCACUUAAAGAUGCUGACGGAGGGAAAAGGCGCAUACGAUGAGAACAUCCACUACCCUCUCCUCAUCACCUUGACCAAAGGACCUCAACCUGUCAGCCACACUCUAUAAACCCAAACAAGUGAGCCCUCCGCUCUCCACGCUACCACUCCACAUACCUUUGGCUUUUUGAGCUGGAAUGAUGCUACAGACUCAUGUCACCAAAUUGAUCAAAGUGAGGAGAGAGACAUUCAUUGAAAGAGCUGUUACGAAUACAGUCGGUUAAUUGUGGUCACAUUUGAAGCAUUUUUCAUAUAGAUACAGUGACCACCGGGAGGAUUUAUUAGCACACGAUGCAUGGCUUGGAAAAACUAUAUGAGAGCAUGCAUGUUUUUCAGUUUGAAUUGUCGAACAAGAACACGCUGAUGUCCAAAGCAGUGGACGAUACGUGGACUGUGGCUUAGGAGGAAGACAAAGGAGAGGUGGAAAUAUUCCAUCCUAGUUUUAAUCAUCCGCCAUUUGCUAAAUGACUACGGCCCUGCUCCACAAUACUCACUCGGACAGUCAGCCAUUAAAUCAGUUUUCCUCAUCCCUGCAGUUAACAAGCCAUCCAAGAAAGUACCAAUCCAAGAACCACAUUGCCAACCUGUCAUCUGGCCGUCCAGUCAAGUGACCAGUCUAUUCAACUACCUAUUAUGGUAAUUAAUUAGCCAGUAAUCCAGUCAUUAUUCCAGCCAACAAGCCAGUCAGUUGUGUAGUCAGUUACAUGGACAUUUCCUCCACCAGUCCUACUUUACGUGUCACUUUGCCCUCUUUAACCUGUCAGCAUUAACCUGUGCCUCUGUGUUUUAUGCCCCAGCAUGGAGGCCAGCACUAAUUCAUUAACCAUCACAGACUGUGGAGCAGCUCACAGUUUCCUUCAUUUCUCUUUGUUCCCUUCUUCCCCCGCUUUAAUUUCUUCUAACACAACUCAUUCAUCCCAGUCAGAGGUCAGUAUUAAAAACGUCUUUUGUGCAUUUCUUAUAAUAGCACAUUAACAUAUUAAGGCACGUUAAGAAGAAGGAGCAGUUAUUGCUGCCCUGGAGCUACAGUUAGCGUAGCAUGCAGCAGCAUCGCCAGGGAAAAAGUAGUCUACAAUCUGUCCCGUUGUAAAUUAACUUUACACAGCUCUGUUGGUAUUACAAUUAGUUUGAAUUGUGCAUCAGACACGACUAUUCCACCAACAUCAACUCAAACUCCUUCUCCUUAAACAAUCAGAUCCUAUGGCAGCUGCUAAACGCUCUUAAUCUGAACCCACCUUCAGGACGUGUGUGUCUGAAGAGAGAAUACAUGCACAUAAGGUAUCAUGUGUCCGACUACUCACAUGUUUUGACUACUUCCCCAAUACUGUGGAACAGAUUAAAAGAUGCAUGCUUUGCUGUACACAGCAGGAUCUAUUUGCAUCUUUUGUUCUGUUCUUCUUGUUUUGUGUCCAGAGAUAUUAAUGGUCUCUUACCCCUAAUGUCCUCUUGGUGCAGACAAUCUGCUGCCAGUUUAGCUGGUGUGCCAAUGUCCACUGGCUCUGUGAGCACAUUCUCACGGUUCAUGCUUCACUGGUCUAUGAGGGUUUACAUUCACUUUUGAAUGUAUGCAUAUACAUUAUUAUGUAAUGGUGCGUUCAUUUGUCAUUGAAUCAGCAAAACUGUUUUGUUGAUGUCACUUCUCUAAGUCUUUGAAGCAGGAGAAGAAAACUACCAUUUUCUUUCUGCUGAUAUAAACCACCCAGAAGGUACAGAUACAAACAUGUCACAGAAACUAAAACAUCUUCAUAAAUGAGCUGCAGAUUUGUUUUCAGUGUGCAUGAAUGUCACAGAACGUGCAUAACAUCUGUAAACAACAUUUGAAAUCAUUUGAACAACAUACUGCUUGAACAGUCAUACAACACAUCCAGUGGACAUGGUUAGAAUAGGGGUUCAUAUUGAUAGACUAUGUGCAUUCAUAGUUGAAAGUUGCACAUGCUGCUCAUCACCUCAAGAGCAAAGACUUUACAUAUUUCAGACCAAUUGCUUCUCCAUUUUCUGUUUGCAUUUUUCUAUCUGCACAAUAAAUCGUUCUACUCAGGUCUUUUUCCAUGCAUUCAGCUGUUUCUUGUGUUUUUUUUGUUUUUUUUGUCACUUACAUUUUUGAUUUGUUUAUAAACAUAAAACAAGUACAAAAAUGUCAGACAUAAACAUAUAUAUACACCCAUAUACAUACCCAUACACACACAUACACACAGACAUACAUACAUAUACACACAUACAUAUACACACGCAUACAUACACACACAUAUAUACACACACACACCCUCCCCUCCUCCAAAACAAAACACAAACAACAACAACAAUAAAAAAGAACAAGAUUAAAGAAAGAAACGCCAAGUGUCAGUGGCCCACUGGAGCCUAACGUUGUACCUAUCACUCGUAAAGUGUUUCCAUCUUUCACUGUGAUCCAUUGUUUUAUACAGCAGCCAAGAAGCUAUGCAGUAUCUCCCUGUGGCUGUUUGCAUCCCUCUUGUUGGGAAAAUAAUCCACCUUCACAAAUGAGAGGUAUUCCCUGUGUGUAACUGCUCAGAAAAGUAAAUUAAGCCUGUUUUAUCAGUGGUCUCAGUGCUUUGAGGACUUCAAUUGCAUUGCAAAAACGUGGUUUAUCUUAUUUUGGGGUUUGACACAAACGCAACUUGUAUUUACUUCCAUUAAAUAUUAUAAUUCCUUUAGUGUGGACAUGGCCUCAUAGAGGGAGUUUUUCUGUUCAAUGUAUAUCUGCUUCACAGUAAUUAAUGGGUGACAAAUGCUAUACUUUGCAGUCGUAGAAUAAAAUGUCAUAUCUUUAAAUUGUAUUAACUGUAUUCUUUUAUAUUGCCUUUGUGUAUUCCUGCCAGUUCUGUGUGUAACAGUAACUCCUGUGCAGACGGAAACUAUAUUUUACAUGAACCUUUGGUGUGUGAAGAGAGCCCAGACCAGCCCUGUAAGAGGUCACACUUUAACCUUUUGAAAACAGCCCUAUUUUUAAGGAUUCUGCUCGAAAUAACAUGCCCAAACUAAAAAGGGUGUAUCUCUGCAAACCACAAAUGCUAUUUGAAUAAUGUUGGUGUUAUAAUAAAGGCAACCCAUGUGAGUUUUUGUUCAGAUGUGUAAAUAUUACAGGUCUGGUGUACAGAGUUGUGAUGCAUCACAUCUCUGUACACCAGACCUGUUUUGAGCCUGUGACAAUCAGUGAGUAGUGCCCCCUGAACUGACCACCAAUACCCAACUUGGGGUAGUUUCAAGGUCCCUUGUCCUUCCUGAGGAGCUUCACCUUUUGUUUAUUUCCUGUAACUCUGAAGAUAAUCAUGGCCAGAACUCACUCUGAAGUAUUCUGCAGCUUGGCUGUGAACUCAAUCUCCACUGUGCAGUGAAUAAAACUCAUCUGAACCAGCCACACAAUUGGACCGGAAAUACGUUUUUCACAGUCUAUGGGUGGCGAUGUUUUGUGAAUGAAGACAAAUAAAUACCUUUUCUUCAAGAAA